AUGCCCAGUGAGACCGAGAAUAGUAAGGCAAAAAGGCUUAAAGAAUUACUAAACACAUAUCAAUUGUCUCAACUUAUUAAAAAGCCUACUAGAACAACAGAAUCAACGAAGACGCUCUUAGAUUUAAUAAUUUGUAAAACUGACGACCCAAAAACCGCUACAACGGACGUUGUUGAGCUAGGUAUAAGCGACCACAACCUAGUCUACACUUGUAGAAAGGUCGGAAUAUGUAAACAAAAACCCAAAAUUAUUGAAACAAGGCAAUACCAUAAACUAAAUAACGCAAAAUUCCAAAACGAUUUAAAACAAGCUUUACUACAUAUUAAUGAACAUUCAGAUCCAAAUACGGCCCUACAGGAAUGGAACAGAAUUUUUCUACUGAUAGCUGAUAUAAAUGCUCCUAUACGAUUGAGAAAAGUGAGAAGUGACCGACAACCGUGGAUGACUGAUGAAAUUAAAAAACUGAGCUUUCACAGCGACUACUUAAAAAAGAAAGCAGUCAUGUUAAAUUCCUCUGCCUUUCAUAGUUCAUACAAAAAAUGUAAAAACAAAGUAACUAAACUUAUUAGUAAUGCAAAAACUCACUACUUUAGAACCAAUCUCGAAAACAGCAAAAGUUGCAAAGAAAAUUGGAUUCACAUAAACAAACUGCUAAACCACAAAACGGUCAAAACUCAGACGAUUAAUAACAUUAAAUUUGGAGACCAAAAUAUUACAGGUGAUAUCAACAUAGCAAAUACAAUUAAUAACUACUUUGUAGAAAUUGGACCCAAACUUGCUUCCGUUAUUUCUCCUACAGACAUAGACCCUAUACAACCUAUUCAGCCUUGUAGAUCUGAAUUUAACUUAAGAACAAUAACAACGACAGAAUUAAUUCAAACAAUUGGGAAAACUAACUUAAACAAGGCCCCAGGUCUAGACAAAAUACCAAUUAAACUAAUUAAACUAGCAGGAGAUGCCAUUCACGACUCCUUACUACAUAUCUUUAACCUUGUACUGGGCACUGGCAUUUUCCCAGAUGAUUUAAAACUUGCUAAAAUAAUACCUAUUCAUAAAGAAGGUGACAAGGCGGAAUGCGGAAACUACCGGCCUAUAUCUGUAAUUCCUACUGUCGCCAAAAUCCUUGAAAAGAUUAUAUACGACCAAUUAAGUUCAUAUAUCAAUGACAACGACAUCAUUUGUAAACAGCAAUUUGGCUUUAGACCAAAUCAUUCUACAGAAACUGCCCUUUUAAAAUGCACAGAUCAAUGGCUACUCAACAUGGAUAAAGGAAUGGCAAAUGGAGUGCUAUUUUUGGAUCUUAAAAAAGCGUUUGACACGGUUGAUCAUUCUAUUCUCCUACAAAAGCUAUACCAAUACGGUAUAAAGGGUACUCCUCUAAAAUUACUAGCAUCUUACUUAAACAACAGAAAACAAGUUUGUGUCAUUAAUAAUAACAAGUCAGGCCAAGAAACAGUUCAAUGUGGAGUACCACAGGGUUCCAAUCUGGGACCAUUGCUAUUCUCAUUGUACAUAAAUGAUUUACCAAUGUGCCUUGAGUAUACACAAGCAUCCAUGUUUGCUGAUGACACCAAUCUAUCAUGCACAGGAAGGACCCCAGCCGAAAUCGAGCACAAACUAAACGCUGACUUAUCCAAUGUUAACGACUGGUUAGAAGCAAAUAGGUUGACAUUGAAUGCAGACAAAACAGAAUUUAUGAUAAUAGCCUCAAAAAGAAAACUUAAUCAAUUUCGCACUGAUAUUCGUAUACAUAUAAACGGAUCCAUUAUUAAACAAGUUAAGCAAAAAAAACCCUUAGGUAUUACAAUUGAUAACGAACUAAGGUGGACUGAACACAUUAAUGAGCAAUGCAAAAAACUUUCAAGUGCAAUAGCUCUGCUUAAAAAGGCAAAACCACACGUACCUUACAACGACUUACUCCGUAUUUACAAUUCCCUGGUAGUUCCUUACUUUACAUACUGUUCGACAGUUUGGAACGAUGGAAACAAAACAAAUUUGGAAAAACUUUAUAAAUUACAAAAGCGAGCCGCUUGUAUAAUUACUGGAUUAAACUAUGAAACAAGAUCAAAAACAAUCCUCCAGAGUCUAGGUUGGCAUCCAAUAGAUAACAUUCUUAAAAAAAGAGAAUUUCUAAUUACGUUUAAGGCUAUCCGAGGUAUAGCGCCGGAGUGCAUCUGUAAUAUGUUCUCCUACUGUGAUAAUAGAAGUCACCACAUGCGGAGCAACGGGCGGAAACUAACUCUCGAUAAACCUAAUAGAUCAUUUAUGAAAAAGUCAUUUUCAUAUCGAGGAGCUUCCGCCUGGAACUCAUUACCUAACGAAAUCUUAGACGUUCACGAACAGUUGACGAUACAUUCUUUUAAAACUAAGCUCAACAAUCACCUACGUUGAUAAAAAAUCCACUUGUAAAGACUCCUAGUCAAUUACACUAUUUUGUAAAUAUUUAUUUUGUACUUUCUUUUAUGUAAACAACCCCUUUAAAAGCAGCGUAGGCUGAAGGGUUAUUGUUUGUAAAUAAGUUUUAAUAAUAAUAAUAAUAAUAAAUUCAAUUUUCUCCCGAAGAAUUUUACGGUAAUUACUGAUUUUCAAACGAGUUGUGCUCCUGCGGGUUUUGACCAAUUUUUCUCAAAUUUUCACAGGACAUAGCUAAAGACGUCAGUUUCAAAACUGUGUUCGGCUUUUUUUUAAUUUUGGAUAUUUUAAUAAUAAAGAGCAAUUCACUCAAACAAUUCAGAAAUAUAUUGCAGUCGUCAAAGAAUUCGCCAUAUCAGCGGAAUGACGAAAUAAACAAAAAAUUCCGAACACAGAUUUUUAGAACAACUAUUUUACUGUAUAAAAAUGAUAUUUUCAUAAAUAUAUCUUAAAACCAGCAGGAGCACAACUCAAAAGCGUAACGUUACCGCGAUUUAAGAUUUUCCUGAAUAAUUCUUAUAAUAUUUUUUUUGUUUGUUAAUUUUACAACUUUACCAUAUUUUGCAUACACUGGUGAACAUUUGGUGAAAAUUUUAUUCAAAUCGGACUGAUAUUCAGCGCGCAGUAGCGAUUUUCUGCAAAACGCCAAAAAGGGUGUCCUGUAACCUUAACCCGAAACCACCUCCUGACCAUGAAAUCGCGAAUACUACUCCCACCACCCGGCGAGUUCCAACGAGCAGACCAACAUCUAGUGAAAAGAUGGGGACGAGUCCAGUAUCUUGUCAACCAGUUUUGGUCGCAUUGGCGUAAGGAGUUUCUUAACACUUUGCAAGAAAGGCAGAAGUAGAGCAACCCUCGUAGAAAUAUGCGCGUAGGCGACAUUGUACUCAUCAAUUAAGGAUGAUAACGCUCCUCGAAACCUUUGGCGAAAGGCUCGCGUUGACGAAGUGUACACGGAUGAAGAUGGUGCGAAAUGUUAAGCUUAUUUUGACAGAUCCUUUGUUGAACGAAAGCGGAAAAGGAAGUCGAGUUGCGACCAUUUUGAAAUGUCCUAUUCAGAAGCUAGUUGUACUUCUUAAAGUCGAAGACACGGAGAACGUUGGAGAGUGA